AUUGCGUUUUUGACAAUUGGUUAUUUUGAUCCUCCUCGGCACCCGUCAGACGUGCCUCUGCAUCCGCGCACCCGGAAACUGAGCAGUGCAACAAAAGCAGCGCUUUCUGCAGGCAAUAAACACUCUCAGCAUCAUGUCGGAUAAAAGUGAGCUGAAAGCUGAGCUUGAGCGAAAGAAACAGCGCUUGGCUCAGAUUAGAGAGGAGAAGAAGAGAAAGGAAGAGGAACGCAAGAAAAAAGAGGCUGAGCUGAAGAAGGAGACCGUCCCACAGCAGGAUGAUUCAGACCUGGAGAAGAAGCGCAGAGAGGCCGAUGCUCUGCUGCAGAGUAUGGGCAUCACAUCAGACACACCUGCGGUUCCUGCACCUAUGUCUCCCACGGCCAAAUCUGUGGGCACUCCAAGUGAGGCAGGGAGCCAAGACUCAGGAGACUGUGCCACCGGACCAAGGACUCUGCACUGGGACUGUGACCCCUCUACACUUCUGCUUCACUCUGAGCUGGGACGUGGUACUCUGAAGUUGGCAAUGGCGAAGACGACCCACGUGGAUUUCCCACCCAAAGAGGUGGUGUCCUACACCAAGGAGACACAGACGCCCACCAUGACAGAGCAGAAAGAGGAGGAAGAUGAGGAAGAAGAGGCACCACAACCACAGCCAGAGGUUGAGGCAGAGAAAGAGAAACCAGUAGAGAAACAAGAAGAGGAAGCGCCCCCUCAUGAGCUAACAGAGGAGGAGAAGUUACAAAUUCUGCACUCAGAGGAGUUCAUGGAGUUUUUCGAUCACAGCACACGCAUCAUUGAGCGCGCUCUCUCCGAACACGUGGAUGUUUUCUUCGACUACAGUGGCCGUGACAUGGAGGAGAAGGAGGGUGAGAUGCAGGCUGGGGCGAAACUGUCUCUAAACAGGCAGUUUGUUGAUGAUCGCUGGUCCAAACAGCGAGUGGUAACCUGUCUGGAUUGGUCCCCGCAGUAUCCAGAGUUGCUGGUCGCCUCUUACAACAACAAUGAGGAAGCCCCACAUGAGCCUGAUGGAGUGGCUUUGGUCUGGAACAUGAAAUACAAGAAGACCACACCGGAGUAUGUCUUCCACUGUCAGUCUGCAGUCAUGUCUGCAGCAUUUGCAAAGUUUCAUCCUAACCUGGUUGUCGGAGGCACUUAUUCAGGACAGAUUGUCCUGUGGGACAACAGAAGUAACAGACGCACUCCUGUCCAGAGGACACCUCUCUCUGCUGCGGCCCACACGCACCCAGUGUACUGUGUUAAUGUGGUUGGCACACAGAACGCUCAUAACCUCAUUAGCAUCUCUACCGAUGGAAAGAUGUGCUCCUGGAGUCUGGACAUGCUGUCUCAACCACAGGACAGUAUGGAGCUGGUGUUUAAGCAGUCUAAAUCCGUUGCGGUCACCUCCAUGUCCUUCCCUCUGGGUGACGUUAAUAACUUUGUGGUGGGAAGUGAGGAUGGAUCAGUCUAUACAGCCUGUCGCCAUGGCAGUCGGGCAGGUAUCAGUGAGAUGUUUGAGGGACAUCACGGUCCAAUCACAGGCAUUCACUGUCACACUGCGACCGGGCUGGUAGAUUUCUCUCAUCUCUUCCUGACCUCCUCUUUUGAUUGGACCAUCAAACUCUGGAGCAACAAGAAUAACAAGCCGCUGUACUCGUUUGAGGAUAACUCGGAUUAUGUUUAUGAUGUCAUGUGGUCUCCGGUACAUCCCGCCCUCUUUGCGUGUGUGGACGGACUCGGACGCAUCGACCUUUGGAACCUCAACAAUGACACAGAGGUGCCCACUGCCAGCAUGGCUGUGGAUGGAAGUCCUGCUCUGAACAGACUGCGCUGGUCUCAGUCAGGCAGAGAGAUCGCUGUCGGCGACUCAGAGGGACAGAUCCACAUUUACGACGUCGGCGAGCAAAUCGCAGUCCCGCGAAACGACGAAUGGACCCGAUUUGUGCGGACGCUGGUGGAGAUCAACGAGAACCGCGACGAUGCGGAGGAGCUGGCCGCCCAACGCCUUUCCGCUUGAUCGUCAUGGAAACCAGCACUAUUCCGGAGAUCUCCGAAAGCUGUAAUCAUCUCUCUCUUUGGAAAUGAAAUGAUUUCUGUCUGCAAACCUUUGAUUCUGCCUUUUGUUUGGAACGAAAAUAUGAAACAUUGACUGUAGGUGCGAUUCAUAGUGCGAGAGCAGAAGGCCUCCCAGUCACCCCACAACCAGAAGCCUUAACAUUCGCAUGCAAAAAAAAAAAAAAACUAAAUAAAACCAUAAUGAAUGUUUCUGUUUCUAUCCAGGUAUUUCUAAGUGUGCUAAACUCUCAGCUCAUUAUGCACAGCCAAAUAUGAACCAUUUACACCAAUGCAUCUCAUUAAACCUGUGUCUGGCUCAUAGUUCAGCCCCAAAAUUAAAAUUUACAUGCAUAAAAUGAAGCUUUUUUAUAGAUUGUUUUCUUGAUCGUUAAGCACAUUUUCCCCUCCAAGUCUCAGUUUAAAGCAAAAUGAAAUGUUUCAAGUAUUAGAUUUACUGCCUGAAAUUUACACAGAUUUGAGUAAAGCAAAUUCUGUAUUACAGGUUUUAUAUUUUAAUACAGUAAAAAUGGGGUGGGUGAGAGAGUGUGCUUAAAUGGUAGAUUUGUCAUUUAGUUACAAAUGUCCUCGUUUUCUUUUGAUUUUGGGGUUGAAAUAUGACAAAUGAAAUAUCUUUGAGAGGUUUUGUAAGAUUCACCCUAACAUCUUUACUGUUCUCACUACUUGUAAACGUUGUAUUCUUUCGAACUAGAUGACAGACCUAGAGAAAUCUAGAGCUCUAGUUCUUGUAGAUCGUUUCAGUGGUUCAGCAUCACGUAUUGAGUUUGCUGGAGAUUUCUGCUGUCUAGAUGUGGACCAAAUGCUGGAGUAAUUUGUGACUUUCAAGCUCUUGUGUUUUGUUUUUGCUCCUGUUAAAGAUUGAUCUUGUUCCUCUCCACCUCAGCAGAGGCACAAUCAUGUAUUUAUUAUACAUAUCAAUAUACUGGGUUCAUUUUCUGAAUUAACUCUUUUAGAGAUCAAGGUCUUCCUCUUCCAGUGCUCCACAUCUGUUUGAAACGCUAACAGUACCUUUUGCAGAACCUCUUUGAAUGUCUUUGUAUAUCUGAAUACUUUUUCUAAGCCAAAACUUUGGUAAAAAUCUCCUGAUUUACCUCAAUCAGUUUGAAGUCAUCAGUCUUUCCUGUAGUAUUCUCGAGCAGAAAGUAGUUUUAUGAGGAUUUCAAAACGUUGCUUCCAACAGCGUUCCUCAUGUUUAAGUGAAUGUCCAAUAAUUUCUGCAUUUGAAAAGAACAAUUGUGAUUUAUUUCAGUAAAUGACAAUACAAUAAUAAAAUGCAUUUAAACAAA